CACCAUUACAACACCCAUAGCCAUCCCAUCUCCCAUAAGGCGCUCCACUCUCACAUCAUCUCACGUUUCUCGACCAAACUUCCCGUCGUUUUGCUCCACUUUCGACGCGUCCACGUGUUUUGCCGAACCUCGGCCAGAACGACUCGACUCGCUUGAUUCUUGCGGGGAAAACAACGGGGAUUACUAUUCAUUCGGGGACUAUUACCAUCAUCACGUUUCCAGAGACCCAAGGGAAAUCUCCACAGUUUCCAUAAACCGCUUUGAGAUAAACUUGCUUCGUAAAUCUUGAGCUCGUAAAAGAAAACAAUAUCGACUAUUUAUCAUGGCUUCCUCUCAAUACUCAGACAUUGUAUUCGAAAUCCGCAACCAGAUCGGAAUAAUCAAGUUCAACCGCCCGAAAGCACUCAACUCAUUCGGCGGCAACAUCAUUCCCGAAGUCAUUGCCGCGCUGCGCGUGCUCAACGAACAUCCAGAUACCAUCUUCACCGUUUUAACGGGCGAAGGACGGUUUUUCUCGGCGGGCGCGGAUGUCAAGGCUGUUGCGGGGGUGGGUGGAGAGGCGUUUAAGAAUGAGGGUGAGAACAAGUUGGUGCAGUUGGGGAGGUUUACUUAUGCAACUGAACUUCUACGCUCGAUGAUUGAUCACAAGAAGGUUCUCAUCCUCGCGCUCAACGGCCCUGCUGUCGGUGGCGGUGCAGCGUGGUUCCCUGGUAUCGCGGAUAUAGUACUUGCUUCAUCGACUGCAUGGCUCCAAUGCCCCUUUUCUGCACUCGGGCUCGUGCCUGAGAACGGAUCUGCACUGUCCUUUGCCCAGCACAUGGGCAUCCAUCGUGCAAACGACUUUCUCAUGUUUGGUCGCAGACUCACCGCGCAAGAGCUGCUUGAUGCAGGCUUGUACAACUAUGUCUGGGACGCGACAGGCGAUGAGUUUCAGAAGAAGGUUGUAGAUUUCUUGGAGGACCAGCUGAAGGUUAAUGAUGGCAAGAGCAUGAUUGAAAUGAAGCGGUUGCAGAACGCUCCGAUUAGAGAUGCGAGGAUGAUGGCGGUCGUAAACUCGAUUGAUGCGCUUGCGGAGCGGUUUGUCGAGGGUGCGCCGAUGAAGAGAUUUGAAGUUAAGAGGAGGGAGUUGGAGGAGAAGAGUAAGGCUAAGGCGAAGAUUUAGAGUAUAGAAUCUGGGGUUGUUAGAUGGAUUGGCGGAAGCUUGUAGCACGUUUUGAAAGACCACACGCAAAGUCCACGAAUAGAUUUGAGUUUUUUCUUAGAGUCUGGACUAGGCUUAGAUUAUGUCUUGCAGAAUACAUCCGAGUAUAUUUGAACGGUGG